AUGUUACUACAAUUUGUGAUAAAUCCAUUCUCUCCCAAAACCUUAAGGCUGUAUUCACAAACUUUGAUUAACUUCAUGGUUGAGGGCGCUUCGUCACCUUAAAUUGAAUAUAUUUGA